CCCAUUUUUUUUCUUUCUCGCCAAAAUUUUCAACUUCAAUUUCCUACUCGUUCCAACUUGACAUGAGCACAAACUAAAAAAUUUGAAUCAGAAACAAGAUUAUUAGGAUUGGGAUUAUUUGGGAUGAACGAACACGACGAUCAUCUAGCUAGCUGGCUAACUGCCACGGCCGGGCAUCGUACAUACUACAUGUGAUUUCAAGGGGAAAGGAGGUGGGGUGGUUGGUUGGGUGGCGUACGAAUCUUCCCCGCGGCGGAUGGUUUUUGACCAUUCCGGCGUCCGCAUCCGGCGGUGGUGUUCUUCGUCCAGCGGUCGCCAGAGGAGAGGACCCACUGACUGACUAUACCAGGAUUGACUAUUCCAUGUGAGUGUGACCACCCAGCUGCUCCAACUCGGCUACCAAAUGGCAGCAAGUACCUGUACUGGUGGUAGUUUCAUGGCAUGGCAGGGACUGCUUUUUCAUGUGGAAGAAAUUUCCUACUACUUCCCUAGUGCUCUGCCUUUUUGAAAGCAUCUCGUGUGCCUUUCUUCAUCAGGGAGCCAAUAGGCAGCCAGAGUUUGCAAAAGUGAGGAAAAUGUUUAUGCACACACUGUUAGUUAGUGUUAGUGGAUCCUCCUGUGUCUGCCAAUAGCAAGCCAGUCUACUAACUACUAUUAAUACUAUAUUAGUAGUUGUUAAUUCUGUGACAGGGCAUAAACUCUUUAAUUUGCUGUGUUGACUACUCUUGGCCGGCAGCAUCGCAGGUCGCCAUCAGCCACGUAUUACGCGAGUUUUCUACUGCCGUGGCCGAGACUUUUAGGCAACCUGCCUCUUUCUUACAUCAUCACUCAUGGAAACUUUCAAACCAUGACACAUGAUGGGGGCACUGCCAAGCCUCGUUCCCAAGCACGCUGAUCUGCUUGUCAGUGAGUCCAAGUUGCAAAAGGGGGUGAACGAGAACGAAGCUCUUUGCCGAGUACCCGAGGUAAUGCACUCGGCAAAAUAAUAAACACUCGGCAAACACCCGAUUUCCGGUAGUGAAGGGGGAGAUCAGGUUCCUUCAAGCUGACCUGGAGGGCAUGAAGGUUGCAUCUUCAACCACGCGAACCACAAUUUCAUUUGUUAAUCGCACACGGUCACUCACCUGCUCCGCAGACCGCAGAGGCGUUCGUGCUUUCCUAGCAACCGCCCUAAUCUAAUAUAAUUCAUUUGUUAAUAAUGAUGUUGAGGUUUUGUCUAAUUGUCUAUGCAAGCAGCAAGCGGCUUCUUUCCUGGAGCCCCCCGUGAACUGGCAGUGGCAUCCCGAGGCGUGCAACGUGCACACAGCCAUUGCCCAGAAUUUUCUUUUUUUCCCCGUCAGCAGGAGUCACGAGCCCUGCUCAAAAUCUACCUUGAGCACCACCAUUCAACUCCACACAGCACGCCACUACUGCUGCCCUCAGCUCACAAAAACACACAGCAAACUUGCUCCUUGGUUCCUAGAGGCAGAUCCACAUGGAGGUCGUGACGGGGGCACUGCCGAGCCUCAUUCCCAAGCUUGCCGACCUCAUCGCCGGCGAGUACAAUUUGCAGAAGGGGCUGAAGGGGGAGAUCAAAUUCCUUCAAGAAGAGCUUGAGUGCAUGAAGGGUGCCCUCGAGGACAUCUCCAGGACUCCGGCAGACCAGCUUCCCAAUAAUGACAAGAUCUGGUCCAGGAAUGUAAGAGAGCUUUCCUACGACAUAGAGGAUAGCAUUGACACGUUCAUGCUGCAAUGCAAGGGCAAAAGGUUGGGCACACAGCAUGGGCUCAAAAAGAUCAUUGAUAGGAGCCUCAACUUGUUGGUGCAGCCAAAGGUUCGCCACAAGAUUGCUACUGAAAUCAGAGAGAUCAAGAGCCGCGUCAUGGAGGUGCACGAGCGGCGCCGCAGGUAUGAGGUCAACCUUGGUGGUGACAAACCUGUUACGGUCGACCCUCGUUUAUUCACCCAGUACACAGAGGUGAAAGAGCUUGUUGGAAUUCAUGAGGUGAGGGAUGAGUUAAUCAAUAAUAUGUUGACAGAAGAGAAUAAUGUUCACAUGAAGCAAGGCAAGAUAGUUUCCAUUGUUGGAUUUGGAGGCCUGGGAAAGACAACUCUUGCUAAUGCAGUCUAUGAAAAGAUUAGGUCACGAUUCGAUUGCGCUGCCUUUGUUUCGGUGUCCCGGAAUCCUCACAUGGAGAAACUGUUCCAGGAUAUGUUCUAUCAACUUGCCAAGAGAAAUAAUGCAAGGAUCAUUGUUACUGAUGAGAUCAGAGAAUUCCUUCAGAGCAAGAGAUAUAUCAUUGUUCUCGAUGACAUAUGGGAUAUUUCAGUUUGGAAAACGAUGAGAUGUGCUCUGCCUGAUAAUAAUGGUAGAUACAGAAUUAUCACAACUACCCGUAAUGUCAAUGUUGCUGAAGAAGUUGGUGGUGCUUAUGAGCUGAAACCUCUCUGCCUUCAGGACUCUAGAAUAUUAUUUUAUAAAAGAAUAUUUCAAAAUGAAGAUAAAGACAAAUGUCCUGAUGAGCAGUUGGCUGAAGUCUCUGAUAGAAUACUAAAGAAAUGUGCUGGCGUACCCUUAGCUAUCAUUACGAUAGCUAGUUUACUGGCUAGUAAAGGAGGAAUGAUAUUAGAGUGGUAUGAAGUCAGCAACUCUGUGGGUACCGGAUUGGAAAAUAAUCAAGAUGUGAGGAGUAUGAGAAAUAUUUUGUCACUUAGCUAUUAUGAUAUGCCAUCCCAUCUGAGGACUUGUUUUCUAUAUUUAAGUGUGUUUCCAGAAGAUUAUAUGAUUAACAAAGUUUGUCUGAUAAACAUGUGGAUAGCUGAAGGUUUUAUUCAAUCUGGAAAACAAGGCCAAACCCUACUAGAAGUUGGAGAGAGUUACUUCAACGAUUUGAUAAACAGAAGUAUGAUCCAACCCGUGUAUGAUUGGUACUCUGGCGUGAUAGAAGGAUGCCGAGUACAUGAUAUGAUGCUUGAUCUUAUCUGUUCCUUGUCGAAUGAAGAAAACUUUGUUACAGUCCUUAAUGGUACAGAGAACACUUCUCCAUCAAAUACAACCCGGAGGUUGUCCCUUCAAAAUGGCAAGGACGACCAUUCUAUGACUUGGGCUACAAAGAGCUUGCAACAAGUGAGGUCAGUUUUUGUAUUUCCAUCUGCUCUUGAUUCAAUGCCGGCCCUUGACAGUUUCCGAGUUACACGUGUACUGGACCUGCAAGGUUGCAAUCUUUCACAGAGUUACAGCCUUAAGCACCUUGGGAAAUUAUUUCACUUGAGAUACCUGGGACUACGUGGCACUGGUAUUGCUGAAAUCCCAGAGGAAAUUGGAAACAUGUCAUCUCUACAAACCUUGGACGUAAAGAGCAAUAAAAUUUCUUGCUUGCCACCGACUGUUAUUCGGCUAAGAAACUUGAUGUUCCUCUACAUUGACUGGUCUACAAGACUGCCAAACGGGAUUGGCAACAUUACAUGCCUUGAAACGCUGUUACUGCGCAUUGACGACUCCACCAUGGACAUUACAGAAGAGAUAGGCCAGCUACUGGAACUGAGGUUGCUGCGUAUUGUCUUGGACAAAUGGAACAACAAGUUGGUGGAGCACCUAAACAAGCUGCAAAAGAUCAAGAAUCUGUAUAUAGAGGUCAUCAAUGGCCAACGCAGCAUUGGUGGAUUGGAUGCCUGGGUUGCACCUCGACAUCUUUGGAGAUUGAAUACAGUCCGGAGCUGCUGGUUCUCAACACUGCCGGCUUGGAUGACAUCAGUUCUUCACCUCUCUUUCCUGUGGAUCGCCGUAAGGGAGCUGCAGCCAAAGGAUCUCGAAAUCCUCGGGAGGUUGCCAGCUCUCCGCUCUCUAGAACUGGAGGUGGACCAUGUGAACCUUGGAAUCCUUGGGAGAUUCGUUGUUAGUGCUGGAUUGUUCCCGUGUCUUGUACAUUGCAAGUUCUGGGGAUUUGUAGAGCCUGUGGUAUUUCGGCAAGGAGCUAUGCCGAGGAUCAGAGAGCUUUAUCUCGACCUGUUCUUCAUGUGGGAGGCAGGAGAAACCAUCAGCAGCGAUGGCGGUCUUGUCAUGGGCAUGGAGAACCUGCCAUUGCUGCAGGAUGUGUUCAUUGAGUUCCGAUCUGAAGUGGCGAGCACUGAGGAGGUGGACCAGGCAAAGGCUACACUAAGGCGUGCAGCUGAAAUUCAUCCCAACCAUCCCCGCCUUACUAUAUACUCUGAUUAAGUUGAUUAGGAAAUAUGGCUUGAGGUUUGAGGAAAAUGUAUCUAUAGCUUUGUGAUUGUGGCAUUAGGAAAUGGUAUAUUUUUUCUUCA